CAAAUGCCAGGCGCGCUAGCAGAUGUCAGAGCGGGCCGAUCAUGGCUCUGUCGAGAGCACUCAGAUGUUGUCAGAGGAUUUUCUCCUGGAUUCCCGUCAUCAUCAUCUCAUCUGUGGUCCUCUGGUCUUAUUACGCCUAUGUCUUUGAGCUGUGCUUCGUUACUCUCAGUAAUCAUCUGGAGAGGGUGGCCUAUUUGUUGAUAUUCCAUGUUUGCUUUAUAAUGUUCUGGUGGACCUAUUGGAAGGCCAUCUUUACUUCACCAUCUACACCGUCUAAAAAGUUCCAGUUAUCAUACACUGAUAAAGAAAAAUAUGAGAUGGAAGAGAGACCGGAUGUUCAGAAGCAGAUCCUCGUGGAUAUUGCCAAGAAACUUCCCAUCUUCACGCGCGCUCAGUCUGGAGCUAUCAGGUUCUGUGAUCGUUGUCAGGUGAUAAAGCCAGACCGCUGUCACCACUGCUCCGUGUGUGAAACAUGUGUUUUGAAAAUGGAUCACCAUUGUCCAUGGGUAAACAACUGUGUUGGAUUCUCCAACUAUAAGUUCUUUCUGCUGUUCCUGUCUUACUCCAUGAUCUACUGCGUCUUCAUCGCAUCAACAGUGUUUCAGUACUUCCUCAAGUUCUGGGUGGGAGAUCUGCCCAAUGGCUCCGCGAAAUUCCACGUGCUCUUCCUGUUGUUUGUGGCUCUCAUGUUUUUUGUCAGUCUUAUGUUCCUGUUCGGCUACCACUGCUGGUUGGUGGCUAAAAACAGAUCGACGCUAGAGGCGUUUUCUGCACCAGUGUUUCAGAACGGGCCUGACAGGAAUGGUUUUCAUGUUGGGCUCAGCAGAAACCUCCAGCAGGUGUUUGGGGAGGAUAAAAAGCUCUGGUUUAUUCCUGUGUUCACAAGUCAGGGUGAUGGGCACUAUUUCCCGCUGAGGACCCUGCGUGAAUCUGAGAAUCCUCUAUUGGCCAAUGAGGAGAAAUGGUUAGAGGACGGUGGAUCAGAUGAGGAAAGCGCAGAUGAAAAUGGACCUUCAGUCAUUAUUAGGACUGAAUCAUAAUCACUGGAGUGGACGAACCCUUGUGGGACCCUUAACUGACUUUAGCACCAAGAGUGGUUUAAGAAAGCACCAAACGUUGAAUGAGACGACUGCAAUCCAAAUCCUGGACCAUGCCAGAAAAGCAUGUUUUUAGAGAGCCAAAUAUAUCGGGAACAGUGAGGACUUUUCUUGUUAUGCUGAUUACCUAGAACUUAUCAUGCUGAAUGUUAUCAAGUAUAUUUCUCGUCUUUUAUGAAACGGAGCGCCACAGGACAAUCACUGGCAUUUUCCGAGGUCAUAGACCUGUUGGACUGUUUAUUAUCGUGCUUUGAGGACAACAUACGGACGCAUCUCUGGUCGAAUUUAUCAGCACACGUUUGGAGGUAUUUCUAGGAUGGUUCUGGUUGCCGAGUUUUGUUCUCAGAUAGUUGAAUGAAUCAUUUGAAACCUUGAGGACCUGUCCAGAUCAUAUUCCACCCAAACAUAUAUCAAAAAUGUGCAAAAAAAGAGAGCAAAACUUAAGUUGUUUAAACUGUGAACAAGUAUUUAAACAUUUUGGUAGUAUUUCUUAUCCUGUCUUUAAUUUAUGCUGAUUUUAAUUAAAAGCAUUGUAUUACAAUAAACAAAGUCUGUAUAGCAAUAAUGAGCAUUAUAAGGCUUACAGCAAAUCUUAAAAUGAAAAUGUCUGGAUGCAUUACAAUAAUGAAAAUUGGGAUGUCACCAAGUAAAAUAGGUUUCUUAGUUAUUUAUGCUCAAUAUCAUUCCUCGAAUUUCCUUUUUCUUUUCAUUUGGGGUGAAAUGUGACCUAGAAUUGUUUUAUGACAUUCACCUAAUGGUGCAAACAGAAGUACAGAGAGCUCUGCCUUUGGUGUGUGUGUGUGCGUUGCCACCAUCUAUUUGAGUUUCCAUAUUCAGUUGGUAAGAAAUCAAUCCUAUGCAUUUAUCCACUGUAUACGUUGGCUGGCAUUUUUAUGAAGCUUUUUUAACCCUGAAUGCCUAAUUCCGACUGCUUUCCUGUGGUCAAUAGAGCAGUCUGGGUUCACCUCAUUCCUUUUGCAUUGUGAUGCAAUGUAAACACAUUUUGAUACCUCUGUCUGUAUAUAUUUAGGAAGAGACUGCUGAGGUCAGUAUUUAUUAGGACUUCUAGCAUGCAAACCCUAAUACGGGAUAUGUUUAUUACCAGGCUGUUUUCAGACU